AAGUCAAUGCCUGUCAUCUGGCUGGAAUGCGCUCCUCACACACUGUCUCAACUCAACCACACGCGUCUGUUAUCUUCUUUCUUCACAGUUCUGCUCACAGCGAAUAUAACUGCUUUAAUCGACAGCGUUGGUGCUUAAACACCUCAGAAUGUCAGAGAAUUAUAACAUAACACCAUCUCCUCCGAACUCCAGUGAUUCAGGGUUGGAGGCAAACAUCACAAUAUGUCAGGACUGGGAAAAGGCCCAUCACCUGCUGUUCCACCUGGCCAACCUGAGUCUGGGUCUGGGUUUCCUCAUCCCAACUACAAUAGGCCUCCAUAUGAUCUUCCUCAGACUGCUGCUGAUGACAGGCUGCUCUCUGUUCAUAGCAUGGGCCACAUUAUACAGAUGUACACUCGAUGUAAUGGUGUGGAAUGUGGUUUUCCUUCUGGUGAACUUCAUGCAUUUUUUCUUCUUGCUUUAUAAACGCAGACCGAUUAAGAUUGACAGGGAGCUUAAAUCAGUGUACAAGCGCAUGUUUGAGCCCCUGCAUGUACGAGAGGCUCUGUUUCAGAGGCUGACCGGCCAGUUCUGCACAAUCCAAACCUUAAAGAAGGGCCAGGUGUAUGCAGCAGAAGAUAAGACCUCUGUGGAUGAGCGACUUAGCAUUCUUCUCAAAGGAAAGAUGAGGGUAUCUUACCGUGGUCAUUUCUUGCAUAAUAUUUACACCAACUCCUUCAUCGACUCUCCAGAGUUCAGGUCAACUCAAAUAAACAGAGGAGAAAGGUUCCAGGUGACGAUAACUGCUGAAGAGAACUGUAAGCUUCUGUGCUGGUCCAGAGAGCGUCUGACGUAUUUCCUGGAAUCAGAUUCUUUUCUGAACGAGGUGUUCAAGUAUCUCAUCGGUAAAGACAUCACCAACAAGCUUUACUCCCUCAAUGAUCCAACACUGAGUGACAAGGCUGUGAAGAAGAUGGACCGUCAGCCGAGCCUGUGCUCUCAGCUCUCUAUGAUGCAGAUGAGGAACAGUAUGGCCAGCACCAGUGACACUGAUGAUGUGCUCAAUCAGAUCCUGAGAGGCGGGUCGGCUGGGUCGUUGCACCAGAAAAAUCCUCUGACAAAAGCAUCCACGUCUAUGAAGCCGAUUGAAGAAGGAAUGGAAGAUGAUGUUUUUGAACCUGAAUCCCCCACCACCUCCCAGAACAUUUCCAAAACCUCCAGAGAAGACAUGUAAAGGAUAUAUUUCAUUACAAGCUUUACUGCAAGACUCUUGGGUUUUACUGAAUGUCCUGGAAGACAGUGAAGAAUGUCAUAUUAAUUAGAAAAGGAAAAAUAUUUUGGUAACAUUUACAGAAAGGUUCCAUUCGCUAACAUUAGUUAAUGCAUUAGGUAUCAUGAACUAACAAUGAACAAUAUAAUUUUUUACAGCAUUUAUUAAUCUUUAAUUUGAGUUAAUAAAAAUACAAUUGUUCAUUAUAAGUUCAUGUUAGUUCAUAGUGCAUUAUCUAUCUAAUGUUAACAUAUACACUGGUGGCCAAAAGUUUGGAAUAAUGAUCAGAUUUUGCUGUUUCGGAAGGAAAUUGGUACUUUAAUUCACAAAUGAGACAGAUUUAUUUUAACAAACAUUUAUCAGCAUUUUGAAGAACUGAAAAAUCUCUGACUGGAUAUUUAUGUAUUUGGAACAAGAUUUAGAUAAUUUGGACUUUUGCCUUCACCAUUAGAUCAUAUAAUGCUGUUUGUUUACAGAUUUACACCAUGACUUACUCCAAAUUUGCUAACUAUUUGAUUCAAUUAAUUAAAAUCUGUAGGACAACCUGAAAAAUUAACCUUCUUCAAAACUUUUACCUGAAAGAUGCAACUACAGUAACUGUGGUGGGACAAGCAAACUGCCAUAGCUACACUUUUGAAAAACUGCAGUGGGGCCAUGAUUGUUACUUUUUGGUUAUUUAAAUUAACACAUGACAUGGUUGUAAUAUAAAAUAAAGCAAAUCAAUGUCAA